AUGGAGAAAGUCUUCACUUCUUUUCUGUUGUUGUUUCACUUGGUUGUGGCAAGUUCAGCCGUGACUCAUACCAACAUUACCACUGAUCAAUCAGCGCUUCUUUCUUUGAAAUCUCAAAUCAUUUUGGACCCUUUUCACUUAUUGGAUGAAAGUUGGUCUAUAGUUACUUCUGUCUGUCAAUGGGUUGGAGUAACUUGUGGUUCUCGUCACCAGAGAGUAAAGUCAUUGAAUAUCUCCAACAUGGCUCUUACAAGCAGAAUUCCCCCAAAUUUUGGAAAUCUCACAUUUCUUGUAUCUCUUGAUUUAAGCAGCAACAAUUUCUAUGGCAAUUUGCCUCAAGAAAUGGCACGUUUGCGUCGGUUAAGGUUUAUUAGACUUAGUCUUAACAAAUUCAGCAGGGAGGUUCCGUCCUGGUUCGGGGUGUUACACCAACUUCAAGUUCUGGUUCUAGACAAUAAUAGUUUCGAUGGUUCCAUCCCCUUUUUAUUUUCUAACAUUUCCACGCUUCAUGUUUUGGAUUUGACAGGCAAUUCCUUAGAGGGCCAGAUCCCAGAAAAAAUUGGAAAUCUUGAAAAUCUAAGGUUUUUAAGCUUGUAUGGUAACAAGCUUAUAGGUUCUAUCCCUCCGUGUCUCUCAAAUGCCUCAAUGUUGAUGACUUUAUAUCUUUCUCGCAAUUUCCUUAAAGGAAACAUCCCCGAAGAGAUUGGAAAACUUCAAAACCUAAAACUUUUGGCAAUAGAACGUAAUCAACUUACAGGUUCUAUACCAUUCUCGAUCUUCGACAUUUCUGGAAUUUAA